UUGGAAAAGCGCACACAAGUGUCCUGGCGCCAGCUGCGCUGUUCUUUAAUAUAACAAGCAUCAAGCGGCGGCUGCUCAGUCGUCGAUGGCUGUUUCAAGCUAACACUGUUCAAGCAUUGCGCUCGCACAACCUGAGCAAAAGGCUAUUCAAAGAAGGCUCGCGCGCGCUUCGCUUAUCACAGAGCCCAGACCAAAUGCGAAAGUUCUCUCAACUCUAGCUCUGUGAAAAAGGCUUCAGAUGCUUAACUGAAAUUGCUUUAAGUUCAGUAAAUAUGAAAUAUUGAAGACGUUAUGAAUAGCAUUUGAUAAACAGCAAUUUGUGCAAGUGAAUCUAAAACGCCAGCAAAACACUUUUGCAUUUCAACAGAGACCAAAACUCAAACAGCCGGCCAAAAUGUAUGGCUUUGUUAACUACGCCCUGGAGUUGCUGGUGCUCAAGCAUUUCGGCGAGGAAAUAUGGGAGAAGAUCAAAAAAAAGGCCAUGGUCAGCAUGGAGGGACAGUUUCUGGUGCGUCAAAUUUACGAUGACGAAAUAACAUACAAUCUAAUUGGAGCAGCUGUUGAGAUACUCAAAAUACCUGCCGAUGACAUAUUGGAGCUAUUUGGCAAAACAUUCUUUGAGUUCUGCCAGGAUUCGGGCUAUGACAAAAUACUUCAAGUGUUGGGCGCUACGCCGCGUGACUUUCUACAGAAUCUGGAUGCAUUGCACGACCAUUUGGGCACCCUGUAUCCGGGCAUGAGAGCGCCCUCGUUUCGCUGCACGGAACAGGAUGGCGAGCUGCUGCUGCAUUAUUACUCGGAACGCCCUGGCCUCGAGCACAUUGUCAUCGGCAUAGUCAAGGCCGUCGCCUCGAAGCUGCACGGCGUCGAGGUGGAAAUCGACAUUGUCAAGCGCAAGGGGGAGCCCAUCGAUGAGGCCGAGAAGGAGCGCGCCCUGGCACGCGAGCAGCAACAAUUGGACACUGAGACGACAGCUGGCGGAUCCGAUGAAGCGGCAGCCGAUGCUGCUGCUGCUGCUGCUGCUGCACCCGUUCAAGUUCCACCCGAGCACAAUAAUAAUCACAAUGCCAACAACAACAAUGACAGCAACAACGGCGCCAACAACAUCAACAACAACAACGAUGCUCAGCAAAUUGCUAUUGAGCCGGCUGGCGAGCAAUUGCCGGCCACAUCGAAGGCCACAGGCGGCGCCUCAUGUGGGCCACUCGUGCAGGAUAGCUUCGAUUGCGAUGGCGACAAGGACCAGAAGUGCCUGCGCCUGCUGAAGAACAAGAGCGACGACAUCGAGCGCUAUGACCACGUACAGUUUCUGAUACGUGAAAUCAAUGUGGCCGCCAAGUCGCAGGUGGAUGCCAAGAAGGAUGAGCAGGCGGCCAUCGAUGACAUGGAGUUUCUCUGCGAAGCGCCCCUCAUCUCGCCAGCGACUUUCUGCAAGGUGUUCCCCUUCCACCUGAUGUUCGAUAGACAAAUGAAAAUCGUGCAGGCCGGCAAGGCCGUAUCCCGCGUUAUACCCAGAGUGGCCGAGGAGAACUGCUCGCUAAUCGAGGUGGUGGAGGCCAUUAGACCACACCUGCAGCUAACGUUCGAGAACAUUCUAUCGCACAUAAACACCAUCUAUGUGCUCCAGACGAGGCAGGGCGCCAUGAGCAGCCGGCUCGAGCAGCGCUUUCUGAGACUUAAGGGACAAAUGAUGUAUAUACCCGAAACGGAUCGUAUACUCUUUCAGUGCUAUCCGAGCGUCAUGAACUUGGACGAUCUAACCAAGAAGGGGCUCUACAUUUCGGAUGUGCCGCUGCACGAUGCGGCCAGAGACUUGGUGCUGCUUUCCGAGAAAUUCGAGGCGGAGUACAAGCUGACCAAGAAUCUGGAAAUGCUGACGGAUAAGCUACAGCAAACGUUUCGCGAUCUCGAGAGUGAGAAGCAGAAGACGGACAGGCUACUCUACUCAGUGCUGCCCAAGUCGGUGGCAAAUGAGUUACGACAUCAGCGUCCAGUGCCGCCCAAACGCUACGACUCCGUAACGCUGAUGUUCUCAGGCAUUGUGGGCUUUGGGCAAUACUGUGCGGCCAACACGGAUCCCGAGGGCGCCAUGAAAAUUGUGAAAAUGCUUAACGAGCUCUACACGGUCUUCGACGCGCUGACCGACUCCAAGCGCAACCUGAACGUCUACAAGGUGGAAACUGUGGGCGAUAAGUAUAUGGCCGUCUCGGGCCUGCCGGAUCAUUGCGAGGAUCACGCCAAAUGCAUGGCGCGCGUCGCUCUAGAUAUGAUGGACAUGGCCAAGAAUGUCAAAAUGGGCUCAAAUCCAGUGCAAAUCACGAUUGGCAUCCAUUCGGGCGAGGUGGUCACCGGCGUCAUCGGCAAUCGUGUGCCCCGGUAUUGCCUCUUUGGCAACACGGUCAACCUGACGAGUCGCACCGAAACAACCGGCGUGCCCGGUCGCAUCAACAUCAGCGAGGACACCUAUCGAACUGGAUAUUUUCCUAUAUCUCCUCAAAUGUGUAUAGUAUUUAACUUGACAUACACACCUUACAAUGGACCAAGUUUAUAAUCCAUCUUUAAUAAAUUCAGAGCCAGAGCCCUGCUCAAUUUACAGGGUAUAAGGAGAGCAAAGGAGGAAAAGAAGUUCAAGUGCCGGAAAUGGUGUGUAGAUUUUUCUUCUUGGUUUUCUUAUUCGCACACUUUUUCACUUUCCCCACUUGAUUCGCGCGCAAUCAAGCGUCUUUUUGAGGCAUAGUGAAAGCUGCUUGCGAGUCGGCCACGGGAAAACCGCUGAACCUUGCCCAAGUGUGUGUAUGAGUGGGCUUUUCUCAGGCAAUUGCGAAAUACUCUGUGCGAAAUGCAAAAACUUGAACAGCAACAACAAAAUUGACAGCAUAAAACGAGGCGACAUCAGCUUUAGAAUAUGCUAAUCUCUCGCUUAAGCUGUUCGCCACAGUCAGCUGGGAGCAACUUUUUAUGUAGCUGUUAAUUUGCGUUGUCAACAUUAUUGAGAGCUGUAAAUUAUGGCCGUCUUUUGUGCCGGCCACUUUAUGGGGCGCCACCAAUCAAUGAAGCGUGUCCCCAAGCAACUGCAGCUAAACGAUCAUUAAAAUAACGAGCAUACGCGGCGUAUACGCCAUAUCUGGACUGAGACUCAGAUGCGCUUUGUGGCAUAUGAGUCACAUUAAUAGGGCUUUAAUUGAACACAAAUUGUCGCCUUUGAAA